CUCCUUUAAAUCUGUUUUUAGACUAAAGCAGAUGUUGGAUCUGCUGAAUCUGCUGCAGCUCUUCCAGGUGAGAGGAGAACCAGCAGCAGCGCUGUAGUCCAGGUUCUGCUUGGUUGGACUCUGGAAUGCACUCGGCAGACAGAAAUGUGCGCAGCAGCGACCAGCUGUGUGGGAAGAGACUUUGCUGCUGAAGUGUCAGAGGUCUGAUCUGAUCCUACCUGGAGAGACUCCUCCGGUUUCACUGCGGGACGCCUCAGUGCGUCAGUAACAGCUGUCCUGCUGCCCUGCGCUGGCUGCCACACAGGGAGAACCUCGUCCUGAGAGGAAGGCUUCACGGGACACUUGAUUUUUUUUCCUCUUAGUCUCUUGGAUUCUGUGGAAAUACAUGUUUUGCCGCACAAGCUCCUUCUAGGGAAACCCCGGCGUGGCGGUAUCCCUUCGCGAUGCAAAGAUGGCGACCCUGCUCCCUCCCCGAGGCACCGAUGCGUUCCGCCCCUUCACCCAGGAGUCACUGGCGGAGAUCGAGAGGCUCGCGGAGGAAAGAAAAAAGGCCGCGGAAGUAGAAGGCCAUGAGGACAAAGAACUGACGGGCCCCAACUCUGAUCUGGAGGCGGGCAAGAGUCUGCCGCUGAUCUACGGAGAUCCUCCUCCAGAGCUGCUGAACACACCUCUGGAGGACCUGGACCCCUUCUACAAAGCACAGAAAACAUUCAUCGUGAUCACCAAAGGAAACACAAUCUACAGGUUCAACGCUGAGCCGGCUUGCUACAUUCUGAGCCCCUGUAGUUUGGUUAGGAGAGGCGCCAUCAAAAUUCUCAUACAUUCGUUCAUCAUGAUUACGAUUCUAUCGAAUUGUGUGUUCAUGACGAUGAGCAACCCACCAGCAUGGAGUAAAACUGUUGAGUAUGUCUUCACUGGUAUUUACACCUUUGAGGCAACAGUCAAAGUGUUGUCUCGGGGUUUCUGUGUUGGAUCUUUCACAUUCCUUCGAGAUCCGUGGAAUUGGCUGGAUUUCAUGGUGAUCAGCAUGGCUUACGUCACUGAGUUUGUUGACCUUGGCAACGUGUCGGCCCUCAGGACAUUUCGUGUGCUUCGAGCCCUUAAAACAAUUACUGUGAUUCCUGGGUUGAAAACAAUCGUGGGCGCCUUGAUCCAGUCAGUGAAGAAAAUGGUGGACGUCAUAAUUCUGACCGUCUUCGCCCUUGCAGUUUUUGCCCUCAUUGGCCUCCAGCUGUUUAUGGGAAACCUGCGGCACAAAUGCGUGCGGUGGCCCAUCCACACAAACGAAAAUGCGUUUGAAUUUUUUAACACCACCUCUGCAUUUAACGACGCCGUGUCCUUCAACGACACCAUGGGUUUCAAUGGCACGGCAUAUUCCAACAGCACCUUCGAUUUCAUGGAGUAUAUUGAAAAUACAGAGAAUCACUACUAUUUGGAGGACAGCCCAGAUGCUCUACUUUGUGGAAACAGCUCUGAUGCUGGAAAGUGCCCAGAAGGAUACACAUGCAUGAAGGCUGGGAGGAAUCCAAACUUUGGCUACACCAGCUUCGACUCUUUUGGCUGGGCAUUCCUUGCCCUCUUCAGACUCAUGACCCAGGACUACUGGGAGAACCUUUUCCAGCUGAUCCUGCGGGCAGCUGGAAAGACGUACAUGCUGUUCUUUGUGGUGAUUAUCUUUCUGGGCUCCUUCUACCUCAUCAAUCUCAUCCUGGCUGUGGUAGCCAUGGCUUACGAUGAGCAGAAUCAGGCAACUCAGAGAGAGGCCAUCGAGAAAGAGGAGGAGUUCCAGCGACUGCUAGAGCAACUCAAGAAUCAAGAACAGGCUCAGGCUCUUGGUAGCCGAGCCACUCUAACCAGUAAGAAGUCGCUCAGUCAUCACACUGCAUCUGAGCUGGCAGACGAUGAGAGGAGCCUUGGGCACGAUGAAAUUGUUAAGGACUGCAAUGGGAGAAUCGUCCCACGCCUGAUGAUCAGAGCGCCCACCAUGGUCGAGUCUGCUGCAGAUUAUGAACUCAAGGAGAAGUCGCUAGGCUCUGUGCACAGCAUGCUUCAUCCAGACGAACCAGGCCUGACACAGAGAUCUGCUAGUGUUAUGACUGUGCUCACUGCAGCUGCCAUGGAAGAGUUGGAGGAGGCUCAGAGGCCAUGCCCACCUGGCUGGUACAAGUUUGCCAACAUGUUCCUGAAGUGGGACUGCUGCGUGCCCUGGGUAGUCUUUAAGAAGUGGGUGUACUUUGUGGUCAUGGACCCUUUCGUUGACUUGGCAAUUACCAUCUGCAUCGUGCUCAACACCCUCUUCAUGGCCAUGGAUCACUACCCCAUGACAGCAGAGUUUGACAACGUGCUUUCAGUGGGGAAUCUGGUUUUCACUGGGAUCUUCACAGCAGAAAUGUUCUUCAAGCUUAUUGCCAUGGAUCCCUACUACUACUUUCAAGUUGGCUGGAACAUUUUCGACAGCAUCAUCGUCACUCUCAGUCUGGUGGAGUUGGGGCUGGCAAACGUCCAGGGUCUGUCAGUCCUUAGGUCCUUCCGUCUGCUUCGAGUUUUCAAACUGGCCAAGUCCUGGCCGACGCUCAACAUGCUGAUUAAGAUCAUCGGCAACUCAGUAGGAGCUUUAGGAAACCUGACUUUGGUGCUCGCCAUCAUCGUCUUCAUUUUUGCCGUCGUGGGCAUGCAGCUCUUUGGUAAAAGCUACAAAGACUGCGUGUGCAAGAUCUCUGUAGACUGCGAACUGCCUCGUUGGCACAUGAACGACUUCUUCCACUCGUUCCUCAUCGUCUUCCGCAUCCUGUGUGGCGAGUGGAUCGAGACCAUGUGGGACUGCAUGGAGGUGGCCGGAGAGGGGAUGUGUUUAAUCGUCUUCAUGAUGGUCAUGGUCAUCGGAAAUCUAGUGGUGUUGAACCUCUUCUUGGCCUUGCUGCUCAGCUCGUUCAGUGGAGAUAACCUGUCAGCAGGAGACGACGACGGAGAGAUGAACAAUCUCCAGAUUGCCAUUGGCAGGAUCACACGAGGCAUCGACUGGCUGAAGGCGUUCAUCAUCCGGACUGUCCGGCAGAUUCUUCACAUGAAGCCCAAGGAGCCUGACGAGGGUCCCGGGGACGACGCUGACCCUAAAAUGGAAGGAAUUGAAAUGAACCAUAUGGACAGCAGUCAGACUUUCAAACUAGCAGAUGGGAUAAUGGAUUGUUUGGUUGAAGGCCGGCCUUCUGGAUUUAUUGUGGACGGAGAGCUGAGCCUCAGUGUGCCCAUCGCACAGGGAGAGUCAGACUUUGAAAAUGUGGACGAGGAUGAGGAGGACGAGAAAGAUGAGGAUCGAGGCUCAGAGACUUUCGAUGAGAAAAAUAACCAACAGAAAGCAGAAAACUCUGAAGACGACAGUAGCAUCCCAGGAAAUCACAAAUUCAUUGCUGCUUCGGAUGAUGGCGAUUCUUCAGUGUGCAGCACAGUGGAUUAUCAACCACCUGAGCCUGAACCAGAAGUAGAAGAAGAAGAAGAGCCAGACCCAGUGGAGCCAGAGGCCUGCUUCACUGACAACUGUGUCAGGCGCUGGCCAUGUCUCACUGUGGACAUCACUGAAGACAGAGGCAAAAAAUGGUGGAAUCUCCGUAAAACCUGCUACAACAUCGUGGAGCAUGACUGGUUUGAAACCUUCAUAAUCUUCAUGAUCCUCCUCAGCAGUGGAGCUCUGGCUUUUGAAGAUAUACACGUAGAAAGACGCCGCACCAUCAAAAUUAUUCUGGAGUUUGCUGACAAGGUUUUCACCUACAUCUUUGUCAUCGAGAUGCUCCUUAAAUGGGUUGCAUAUGGCUUCAAGACCUACUUCACCAACGCCUGGUGUUGGUUAGACUUUUUCAUUGUAGAUAUUUCCCUGAUUAGUUUAGUUGCCAACUGGAUGGGCUACUCUGACCUUGGACCAAUCAAAUCUCUCAGAACCCUGAGAGCGCUAAGGCCUCUUCGAGCGCUAUCAAGAUUUGAAGGGAUGAGGGUGGUGGUGAACGCUCUUGUUGGAGCGAUUCCCUCCAUCUUCAAUGUGCUGCUGGUGUGUCUGAUUUUCUGGCUCAUCUUCAGCAUCAUGGGAGUUAAUCUGUUUGCUGGGAAGUACUACCGCUGCAUCAACACCACCACAGAGGAGCUGUUCCUCCUCACAGAGGUCAACAACCACAGCGACUGCAUGGCCAUCCAAGAGGCCACUCAGGAGGCCCGCUGGGUGAACGUCAAAGUCAACUAUGACAAUGUUGGAUCAGGUUACCUGUCCCUGCUGCAAGUGGCAACUUUUAAAGGCUGGAUGGACAUCAUGUAUGCUGCCGUUGACUCAAGAGAGGUUGGAGAGCAACCUUCUUAUGAGAUCAACCUCUACAUGUACAUGUACUUUGUCAUCUUCAUUAUCUUUGGCUCGUUUUUCACACUCAAUCUCUUUAUUGGUGUCAUUAUUGACAAUUUCAACCAACAAAAGAAAAAGUUUGGAGACAAAGACAUCUUUAUGACUGAGGAACAGAAAAAAUACUAUGAUGCCAUGAAGAAACUUGGAUCCAAGAAGCCACAGAAGCCAAUUCCACGACCAACAAACCUAAUCCAGGGAAUGGUGUUUGACUUCAUCAGUCAGCAGUUCUUUGACAUCUUCAUCAUGGUGCUCAUCUGCCUCAAUAUGGUGACCAUGAUGGUGGAAACAGAUGACCAGAGUCCUGAGAAGGAGGAGUUCCUCUUUAAAGUGAACGUGGCUUUUAUUGUUGUCUUUACUGGAGAAUGUGUGUUGAAGCUCUUUGCCCUGCGACAGUAUUUCUUCACCAAUGGAUGGAACGUUUUUGAUUUCAUCGUGGUCAUUUUGUCAAUAGCUGGCACAAUGCUCUCAGACCUAAUUGAGAAGUACUUUGUGUCACCAACUCUUUUCAGAGUAAUCAGACUGGCCAGGAUAGGCAGGAUUCUUCGUCUUAUUAAAGGAGCUAAGGGCAUUCGGACGCUUCUCUUCGCUCUGAUGAUGUCUCUUCCUGCUCUAUUCAAUAUUGGUCUCCUGCUCUUUCUUAUAAUGUUCAUUUUCUCCAUUUUUGGCAUGUCAAACUUUGCCUAUGUCAAAAAGGAGGCUGGAAUCGAUGACAUAUUUAACUUUGAGACAUUUGGCGGUAGCAUUAUCUGCUUGUUUCAGAUUACAACGUCAGCAGGCUGGGAUGGACUUUUACUUCCGAUGCUGAACAGGGAACCUCCAGAUUGUGAUCCAGACUUUGAGAAUCCAGGAACCGGUGUCAAAGGAAACUGCGGUAAUCCGGGCAUGGGCAUGAUGUUCUUCUGCAGCUACAUCAUCAUCUCUUUCUUGGUAGUGGUCAACAUGUACAUCGCUAUCAUCUUGGAGAACUUUAAUGUGGCUCAGGAGGAGAGUGGUGAUGCGCUCUGUGAGGACGAUUUUGAGAUGUUCAAUGAGACCUGGGAAAAGUUUGAUGCAGAUGGAACUCAGUUCAUCGAGUACAGUCGGCUCUCAGACUUCUGUGAUGCCCUGCAGGAGCCCCUCAGGGUUGCCAAACCUAACCGGUUUCGCCUGAUAGAAAUGGAUCUGCCGCUGGUUAUUGGGGACAGGAUCCACUGCCUGGAUGUUUUGUUGGCUGUCACACAGAUGGUCUUGGGAGACACAGUGGAGAUGGCAGCAAUGCGGGAGAGCAUUGAGGCUACGUUCAUCCUGAACAACCCCACCUCGGACUCCUUUGCACCGAUCACAACAACGGUGCGCCACAAAGAAGAGCAGAGGGCUGCUGUAGUCAUUCAGAGGGCUUAUCGCAACCACCUUCUGAAGCGCUGCAUACGCCACGCCACUUUUAUGCACCGAUCGAAGAGAAUGGGUAGAAAGGACGAAGACCCACCAGAAAAAGAGGGGCUGCUUGCACGAAAGAUGGGAGUGCUGUAUGGAAGUAAUGCGGACCUUGCAGAGGAAAUGGAGCGAGCUGCUUUAGAAACUCUAGCAAGCCAGCAGCCUCCUAAUCCCGAGACGCUGUCAAAUGACAGCGGAGCCCAGUGUGGCCCAGAAACCCCUGAGCCAAACAUCAUUGUUGUACCUGUAGAGAUUACGAAUGAGGUUUUACUACAUUCUGCCCCCGACCGACACUUCUUUAUGCUACAAGCAGCAAACCUGAGAGAGACGAUUGUUUAACAAACUGCACAAGAUAAUAAAUGAUGCCUUCCCGCUGUUCUUUUCCACCAGAGAAGGAGGCAGUGUUAGCUAAUGCAAAGUGUCACGAAUGUAGCUGACUUCCAUUUUCAGGUUCACAGAUCUAAGGGAUGUUUUUGAUAAGUAAACAUAACAAUCAACCUAUUCCCGUUCUGCCAUGCAAUAUUUAAGUUUCCUUUUUGGGUUGAAGAUGGAACUGGACUAUAUGGUUUCCUUUGAUAAUUAUCAUAUGGGCAUCAGCCAAAUUAAUGUAGGAAAAUUGUAUAUUAAUUGGCAUUUCCAAAUUCUGGAGACAAUUAGACUUGAUAUCUCAUAAUUUAGGAAUACUCAGACUUUGAGAGAAUUGCAAGACUUAGUAUUAUCUUUAUCCUAUUAUACCUCCAAUGUUAGCCAAUAAAAAAGCUAGAGUUUGUUAUUGUAGGAUGAAACAUCACUGUGGACCAUAUGAUAGACUUCUAGUGAGAAAACAGUCCAGUCUUAAAACUGUAAGAUAGAGCACGGUUUCCAAACAUAUUUCAUUUUUCUAUGAAUAGUUAUCGUUCAAAUGACUGAGGAACUCAACGCUGCUGGAUUGUAAUGCAUGGCCGAUCACAGUUUUGCUUUUGGUGUUACCAGGAACUUUGUUAUAAUUUCCUUGUACCCAGUUUCUAACCAAAGAGUAACUUGAACAUUACAUGACAAAAUCAGAAUUAUCAAUCAGAGGGCUGCAUGUACCGGCUCUCAGAGCAAACAAACUCCUCUAAAUGUCUGCACACACAUCGAAAAGGAUUAUAGAGCAUAAGUUGGUACCUUACAUUUAAAUGAAGAAGAUCCACAGUCUUUUUGCUUUCUCUGAUUAUUCUACAACAUGAAUGCAGCACUAUUAUUCAGCUCUGCAGAGCAAUAUUUGGAUAUGUAAUUAGCCACAUGAAACAGCAUUAUUUCAUCGUUAAAUUGGUAUAAUUGGGAGCCGCCUUAUUUAUUCUAUCAGUUUAAAAAAAGGAAUCUGACUGAAUUCCUUUUCCUGCUAACUUAAAGUCAUUUUUAUGUGGAAUCUCCUUACUGUGAAGACUCUUAACACUAUUUCUUGUAAUUAGACACUAAACUCUUUUCUACGGUGAAUUAGUUUUGUACAUAUGUAAAUUAGUAACUAGAAAAAAAGGGUGUCUGGAUCUGAUUUAUUCCAGUCUACCAGUGAAACUCUGAUCUCUGUUAUUCAUUAUUAGUCAACAAUAAUAUGGGCCAGCUAAUGCAGUUAGCAUCUGUCUCUGACUGGCUCGCUCAGAGAGGCCCAGUUUAUAUUGCACUAUUUAUAUCCCUUCCAGGUCAGAUUAAAACAGUUGACUGUGUGAGACUGAAAGACCUUCCUGUUUUAUAAGAUGAUUUAUUCACACAUAUGUGCAUGUCUUAUAAACGUUUUGACUACUUUUUCUAUUGUUUGGGCCCCCUCACAUAUCAGAUUAUAACACAGCUCAAAGCAGUCAUAUUUUUUCCAUUCUGAUGGGUUUUCAUUCAAACCUUCAGGUUUAAAACCUAUCUGUGACUGUAAACUUAAGAUGUGAUGUUUACAUUAACAUAACUGAUAAGCUCCCCAUAACUGUGUUCUAUAUGUUUGUCUACUAAACAGCGACGACUACAGCGGUAAUAUUUGGUACUUUCUGUACACUUUAAAUGAAGUGUUGCUUCAGGUUGGAUCAUGUUAACUACUACCUUCAUGUGCAGUGGAUCUGUUCAUCUCAAUCCGUCCUCAUGUAGGAAGGUGGCUUCACCUGCUGUUGUGCAAGUCUUAACUGAAUUUAAAACGUCUUACUAUGAAUACAUGGCACUGUGUAAAUGUUUCAGGCGCUAAAGUGAGGAUGCUUUGACACUCAUUUUGUACAUAAUUUUUCAUUUAUCAUCAUACAAAGUGAAGGAAAUAGAAAGAGCUGAAAUCAAAUCAGCAUUUGGUGGCACUAAUUCUCCUAUAAGUCACUUCUUCACAUUGUUCUGGUCAUCUAUGAGAACUUGCCACUGUUCUCCUGUGGGUUGAGGCUUUCUCAGUUGUUUGUUAAUCCCAAACUGACAAACGACGUUAAGAUCAGAGCCAGUCAGACCUGUUCUUGCUGGCUUUGUGUGAUGGAUAGAAUAAACAUCUAAAGUGCCUCAACGCUGUGCACAGUACUGUAAAUACAUGAAUAAUAUAAGCACUUUGUACAGUUUGUUUGUUUUUUAAAACAGACAACAGGGCGUCUCUUCUUCUGUUUAUGUGUCCAGCGCUGUUUUAACAUCAUCCAUGGAGGGGUCUCUUUGUCAUAACUCCUAUCUGAGACACUGCUACACCACUAAACUACAGUCUCCUCUGAUGGUACAGUCGUAUUCACAAGACGGUGUCCUCCUUCUGUUUACAUUUCUACUGGAAGCAAAGCCACAUGGGGAGUUUUACUGGUACACCCACAAUCAGUAUUGCCUGUAUAUACGAGUUUUUCUUCUUUUUUUCCUUCUGUAUUGUACAUUUAUAUUGUUUUGUUAUUGUAAAAACUGUAACUAUACUGCUAGAAUAAAACACUUCUUG